GCUACAUGAGCCGCAAAACAGAAGAUCUAAACCCACCUUUGAUCAUCCAUUGAAGACCCAGGAAAGAGCGCAAAGUAUAGCUAAAAGCAGAGCAAAAACACACCUUGUCUCUUCGAAAAAUCCCGACCACCCCCACCAAUUAGAAAAAUUAACCAAAAGAGUGCAAAUAAUAAUACGAAACCCUAGUGUCAUGAUCAGAUGCUCUCGGGUCUGUAGGAGUAGACGGAACCAUGAUCAAUACGACUAACGGCAUGCUUUCGACCUCAUCGGCAUCGGGGAACUCGCAGUCACCAGGCCUAAAGACCUAUUUCAAAACUCCGGAGGGUCGUUAUAAGCUCCACUACGAGAAGACACACCCUUCAGGUCUGCUUCAUUAUGCCCAUGGCAAAACCGUCACUCAGGUAACUCUUGCUAAUCUUAAGGACAAGCCGGCCCUAUCAACCCCAACAGCCGCACCUUCAAGCUUCAGUGCUAGUAGUGGGGUAAGAUCUGCUGCAGCCAGGUUGUUGGGGGCUAGCAAUGGAAGCCGUGCACUAAGCAUUGUUGGAGGGAAUGGUGGGAGUAAAACUGUUAGUAGUAGUAGUGGUAGUAGGAUUGGGUCAUUGGGUUCUUCAAGUAAUUCAAUGAUCAAUCCAAAUUUUGAUGGAAAAGGGACUUACUUGGUCUUCAAUGUGGGGGACACGAUCUUUAUAAGUGAUUUAAACUCUCAAGAUAAGGAUCCAAUAAAAUCGAUACAUUUUAGUAAUUCAAACCCUGUUUGCCAUGCCUUUGAUCAAGAAGCUAAGGAUGGACAUGAUUUGCUUAUUGGAUUGAGUUCUGGUGAUGUCUACUCAGUGUCACUGAGACAGCAAUUACAGGAUGUUGGAAAGAAGCUUGUUGGGGCCCAUCAUUAUAACAAAGAUGGUUCUGUUAAUAGCAGCCGUUGUACAAGUAUUGCAUGGGUGCCUGGAGGUGAUGGUGCUUUUGUUGUUUCUCAUGUUGAUGGGAAUUUGUACGUGUAUGAGAAGAGCAAGGAUGGUGCAGGUGACUCUUCAUUCCCCAUUAUCAAAGAUCUAACUCAAUUUUCGGUUGCACACGCGCGUUAUAGUAAGUGUAACCCUAUUGCCAGAUGGCAUAUUUGCCAGGGUUCAAUUAAUAGCAUCACAUUCUCAACAGAUGGUGCAUGCUUAGCAACUGUUGGAAGAGAUGGUUACUUGCGAGUUUUUGACUAUUCUAGAGAACAGCUGGUAUGUGGUGGGAAAAGUUAUUAUGGUGCUCUACUAUGUUGUGCUUGGAGCAUGGAUGGAAAAUACAUUUUGACUGGAGGCGAAGAUGAUCUAGUCCAAGUUUGGAGUAUGGAAGACCGGAAGGUCGUGGCAUGGGGUGAGGGGCACAACUCAUGGGUAAGUGGAGUGACUUUUGAUUCAUAUUGGUCAUCACCAACUUCAGAUGGCACAGGAGAGACUGUAAUGUACCGGUUUGGAUCUGUUGGUCAGGAUACGCAAUUGUUGUUGUGGGACUUGGAAAUGGAUGAGAUCGUUGUGCCAUUACGUCGAUGUCCUCCUGGUGGUUCUCCCACUUUCAGUACAGGAAGUCAGUCGUCACAUUGGGAGAGUGCUGUCCCACUUGGCACCUUGCAACCUGCUCCUAGCAUGCGAGACGUACCAAAGCUUUCCCCGGUAGUUGCUCAUCGUGUUCACACAGAACCACUCUCUGGCCUGAUGUUUACUCAAGAAUCUGUUCUUACUGUUUGCCGAGAGGGCCAAAUAAAAGUCUGGAUGAGACCUGGGGCUACCGAAACCCAGUCAAGUAAUUCCGAGUCCAUUUUAAGUAGCAGUUUGAAGGACAAGCCUUCAUUCUCAAUCAAGGUUGGCAGUUCUAGUCAUAAGCAAUGACCAAACUCUCAUCGGAUGCCGGGCAAAGGUGUUCUCCUUUUUAGUGGAUUUGUACUUUCAAUUUGCUAGUGUGGCCUUUCUGUUUCCAGACAGUUGGUCUUAUCAAAAGCAGUGAAGAUCAAUCAAAUGGGUUCCAUUGUAUAUUUAGGGAUAAAAAUGCUAUUGAUGGCAUUAAGAGCUGGGAAGGAGAGGACCUCCUCUGUAAGUACGAAAAUGGCUGUUGCUAGGCUACAUCUUAUAUAUAUAUUUGAUAACUAACAAGAAUAACCAGAAGUUGCUUAUUUGAUAUUUGUGUUUCUUAGAGGUUGAGUAUUCAAUCAGAUCUCUUAGUAAUGUAAUGCCCAAAAUUGCCAUAUAAUUUUUGUGGAAAAUCGUCAACUUCCCUGAUGAAACACCAACAGCCUCUUUUAAUAAAUUUUGUAUCUUGUACGCC